AUGCUGUUUAAAUUGUGCAAGUCUUGUCAAUACUGCUUGGAGACACUAUAUUGGACAUGUUGCGAAGAAAGAUUUUGCUUUGAUAAAAAAAUAGCUACAUAUAAACUAGAAGACAACACUCUCUACACCAAUGGCUAUUCCAAUAUGGGUGCAAGUUUAGACAGUGUCAUUACACAACAACCGAUUAACAACAAUCAUUUACCCCCAACUGCUAUUAUUGGAAGAGAAAUCAAGGAAUUACCCUUGCACGCUGAUAAGUUGUACGAGGUCUUUUCAAAAUCAUUAAUAUUCAGAGACGAACAAGAGCUGAAAACAGGUAGCACGAAUACAUUAGAUGAAAUGGAAACUAAAUCUGAACCCGACUACUUAUCUGAUAAACCAAAUCGAACCAAAGUGUAUUUCGAAGAUGAAGUUGAUUCACCCGUAACAGAUUUCGAAAUAAUGUUUAAAGAUGAACUUUUGGCGUCAUAUGAUAUGUUUAAAAUAGAAGAGGAAGAAGAAGACACCAGAAGUCAAGACACCGAAGAAGGAUUAACUAUGAUAGCCAUUAAAAAGCAGGAUGUUAUCAAACCAAGCACCCUAACCUUGAAAGACGAGGUAAAAAUCAAAAACCAGCAUCCAGUUUAUGAGUACGACCCAGUUUCAGUAAUUACCCUUCCUUCAACCCUUGUGUUACCCAGAAUAGAAAGUGUUAAAGGAAUUCUUAGAACGAACAGUGCCAAAACUUUGGAUAGAAUUGAUAGUUCCAGCAAACUUAGGCCAAUGUUAAAUAGAGUGGAAAGUCUUAAAAGUAUUGACCCAAAUAAAAUUAAUAAGGUUUUAUCAAGGGUGCCACAUAGGAGUGCAUCAUUUUUGAAUAUCCCAGCUUACCUUACACCAGAGAAACCUCCCCUUAUUAAAAGCAAAUCGACGCUCGGAGUGCCAUCCCUUACUGAGAGUGAACUAAAAUUAAGUUCUUUGCCAGACACGCCGAUAAUUAAAAGUAAUAAUUUACCUAGAUUCUUUGCGGAUACACCACCUACUAUGCCAGAAUUUAAGGGAGAAAAUAGUUUACAAAGCAUUAAACAAAAAACCGCCCUUAUGUUUAAGGAAAAUGAUUACAGUAUGCCCAGGUAUUAUGGUACGGUUAAAUCUGCAGAAUUGUCUGAGAGCAAAUCAAUGCCUGAUUUAAGAAUUCCUAAUUCGACUGAUAAAGCAAGUAAGCGGCUAGUUAAGUUAAGAAGUAAGUUGAAGCCUUUGGUUAUACGAAAAAGCUCUGAAGAAAGACUGUAG